AUGCUGUUCGUCUACCUUCUCUUCCUCGUCCUCUACACUGGCGAGCACGGCGCCCAGAAUCCGACGGUUUCUUCAGAUUUUUGUGCCGAGCCCGGAUGCCCAUAUUGUGCGGAAUACUGGAAGGUGUGCCCCGGAAAGCACGGUCAGCCAAUUUGCGCGCUCAAAAAGAACCUCGUCGAUCCGGAGGCCCCCGACUGCAGCUUCACCGGUUGCCCAUCGAACGAGGUAAAAAUCCAACUAACCUUCGGGAAUAUCACCUGCGUACCGCUCAACCGCAUCGUCAAUGCUUCACUCAGCAUGCGUUGGAUGUGGGAGGACUGUACGCAGCAAAAGGAGAUCAAUUGCCGCACGUGGGCUCCACUCUGCGUGUCGGCGGAGGCGCUCGAGGACUACAACAUCACCAAAGGAGGCUGUAUCGCCAUAGGCUGCGGUCCCGAUAAACCCGGUACGCACCCGUGCAUGGUGGAAGGCGUGGUGGAAUGUAUCCCCUACGACGACCUGAAGUCGAUCAAUGCAACCUGGGAUGGUAAUCAGUGCAUUCGCGCCACGCCGGAGGACAAGGCUGCAGCCGCGGCUGCUAAUGCCGCCCCCGAGGAGAAGCCCCAGGCCCAAGCGAAAUCGUCGCCCUCCAGCCGAUUCGUGUGGACCCCGGAUCAGAAGGACUCCACGCUGACGCGGUACAACGACCGGACGGGAGUGUGCGGCUUCGAGGGCUGUCCCGAUGAUCAUCAACCGUGCAACAUCCGCGACAGGGGCAACAAGAAAGUCUGCGUCCCCUACUGGCACAUCAAGACGAUCAUCAACGAGGACCAAUGCCACCUCUUCAACCCGAACGAGCUGCCGAGGCUGAAGCCGGCGAAGGAGUGUGCCGGAAUGGACAACACGCUGGCCUGCUGGGCUGGAAAUGACUACACGUGCAUCGGGUUCGACAGGAUCACGUCGAUGAGCUUCGACGAGGAAAACAGGACGAUCUGCUACUUUGCACAAUGCCCAAAAGAGGGCCAGAUCGCGUGCGCAGGCGAGUGUCAGACCAUCGAGGACGUGAAAAAUGUGAAAUCUGAUGGGGAAUGUGAAUACCGCCGACUUCACCGUGGCCAGGUGAUCAUGAUCAUCUCGUGCUCCAUCAUCGGCAUCGUGGUCGUCAUCGCGCUUUUUGCAUUGCUCGUCCGCGUCAUCGUCCGCCGACGCAACAGGGGCAAGACGGCCAACCGGGCAUCAAGCAAUGAAUCGCGCCGUGAGCCGAAAAGCGACAGCAAUGAGAAGCGCCCCUGGAUGCCGUCCAAGAACCCGAAGGCCUUCAACGAGAAGCCCCAAGUC